UAAAUAUGCGAUGUGCUUUAGCUUUACAUUACAGCAUACAGGAGAUCGAUAUAUUAACUACCUGUGUAUUUUAUAUCAUAUUCUUAGAUAUAAUUUUUCAGUAGAAAAAUGUCAGAUUCUACUAGAUUCACUUGCGACUAUGGUAAAAGAAAAUCAAAUUGCAAAAAGUGCAAGAAACCAAUAGAAAAAGGCAGCCCAAGGAUUGCAAAGUGUGUUCCUAAUUACUUCAAUGAUGGAGAUGGUGAAAUGAAGCAAUAUCAUCAUAUUCCAUGUAUGUUUGAAACCUUUGUUAAGGCAAGGGCAACCACAAAGAAAAUAGAGGAUGUAAGUGACUUAGAUGGAUUCGCUGACAUGAAGGAUGAAGAAAAGGAUGAAAUUAAAAAGCUUGUUGCUACUUUAUGUGCCAAUCAAGCGGCUAAGAAGACUCCUAAAAAAGCUACACCCAAAAAACGUAAAUCAUCUGAUCCUGUACCUUCUCCAGCAGCCAAAGUCUCCACGCCUCAGAAGAAGAUAAAAACUGAUAAUUCCCCAUCCACAUCUUGUGCUCCUGCUCCUCGAGUGGGAGGGAACUCAAAAGAUAAUCAGUUCAGAGAGUUUCGACGUUUGUGUGGGAUGAUCGCAGAAGAAGCGAGCUAUAAUGAAAAAACCAACAUCGCGAAAAGGUUUUUCGAAAAAGGCUCAAGUGGCGAUGGGUUCACUGGGGACUUGUUCACAAUAGUUAAACUUCUCAUGCCAGGAGCUGUCAAAAGAACAUAUAACUUACAAAGCAAACAACUUGUUAAGUUGUUCAGUAGAAUCUUCGUUGAAGAUGUUGAUGACAUGAUGGAAGACUUGGAGCAAGGAGAUGUUUCAGAAACAGUUUAUAAGUUCUUUGAAUCGAACACAUCAUGUCCUCCGACCAAGAAGAGCACGCUGACCAUCCAUGAUGUAGAUGACUUUCUUGAAAACUUGUCUAAACUCACAAGGGAGGAGGACCAGCUUGAACUUUUAAAAAAACUGGCAAAACGCAGCACCGGAAAUGACCUCAGAACAGUAAUAAGGCUAAUUAAAUGUGAUCUUAAAAUAACAGCAGGGCCAAAGCAUAUCCUGGAUGCUCUGGACAGCAACGCACACGAGGCUUUCAAGGCAUCAAGGGAUUUAAAAGAUGUACUAGAUCGGAUUGAAGAGAAUAAGAAAUCAGGGAGUAAAAAGUUGGAGGUUCGUGCCUCUCUCAUGACACCAGUGUCCCCCAUGCUAGCUGAAGCAUGCAAGUCAGUUGAACAAGCUAUGAAGAAAUGUCCGAAUGGGAUGUACUCUGAAAUUAAGUAUGAUGGCGAAAGGGUACAACUGCAUAUGAAAGGAAAAGAUUUCCAGUUUUACAGCAGAAGUUUAAAACCUGUAUCCGACCACAAAAUCAUGCAUUUUGAAAAAUAUAUCCCGGAUGCUUUUCCUGAUGGCCACAGCAUGAUUCUGGACAGUGAAGUCUUGCUGGUCGAUGUUAAAACUGGAAAUCCUCUUCCAUUUGGAACCCUUGGUAUUCAUAAGAAGUCUAAAUUUCAAGACGCUAAUGUUUGCUUGUUUAUAUUUGACAUUCUUCAGUUCAAUGGAGAGAACUUGAUGGGAAAGUCAAUGAAAGAAAGAAGAACAAUCCUUGAAACCAGCAUGAAAGUGAUCCCAAACCGAGUUAUGCUUUCGGAGUUGAAGUUUGUGAAUAAACCAGAUGACCUGAAGCAUAUGAUUGUGAGGGUUAUAAAGGAGGGUUUGGAGGGUCUGGUGUUGAAGGAUAUUAAAGGGGUUUAUGAACCAGGAAAGCGACAUUGGCUUAAAGUGAAGAAGGACUAUCUAAUGCAGGGACAGAUGGCGGAUACCGCUGAUUUAGUAGUACUGGGUGCUUACUAUGGGACUGGCAGCAAAGGUGGAAUGAUGUCUGUGUUCCUGAUGGGGGUUUAUGAUGAAAAGCGAGAACGCUGGUGUACGGUUACUAAAGUCGGGAAUGGACAUGAUGAUGAGACAUUGGAGAAGAUAAACAAACAACUGAAAGUUGAGAAAAUAAGCAAAGAUAUGAAGAGAGUACCAAAGUGGUUGAAUUUGAAUAAAAAUCAUGUCCCAGAUUUGGUUGUAGCUGACCCAAAGAAUGCACCAGUGUGGGAAAUCACGGGUACUGAGUUCACACAAUCAGAGUCUCAUACUGCAGAGGGAAUUUCUAUAAGAUUUCCCAGAGUUACCAAGAUUAGAAGGGAUAAGAACUGGAAAACAGCAACUUCAUUGGAACGUUUAAAGGCAUUGUAUUUGAAAUCAAAAGAAGAGUCAGAUAUUUCACAUUUACUUGGAGUAAGCAGCACCCCAGUUGUUAAAGAUGAGAAGUCCACAUCAAAAUCUACACAAAAGGUGUCAGUUUUUCAACAGGUGAAGGAAAACAAUGAAGAGAAGUUGCUAAAAAUGGCCGAAUCAGAAUUCUUAAAUGAUAUUUUUCUUGGGGUAAAAAUCUUCAUUCCAACAGACGUGGAAAAAAGAAAGAAAAUGGAGAGACAUAUCCUGGCAUUUAAUGGGGAUGUGUUGGGUAAUGACCAGUUUAAAGAAGCCACACACAUUGUGCAAUGUGACUCUGUUAAAGUAGCAGAUAUACCGAUCAGUGCAAGUCUUGUUACUGCAUCGCAUGUGUGGGAAUGUAUUAAAAAUAAAGUUUCAUUAUAAAUGCCUAAUCAGUUAAGCAUGUAUCAGUGCUUGUUUGGUUUGUAUAACUUUUUUGAAUCACAUUUAUGUUGAUAUAUUGCAAAAUGUUUUGUUAGCGAUAAGUUUCAUUUACUGUUAUAUUUUUGUUUAAAAAUGAAUUGUUUUGUAUAUCACAAUAAAAACAGCAUGUAUUGCAAAAUUAUAAUCAUUAAAACUCUGUUUAGAAUGCAAGAUAUUAGUAGUUAAAAUUAGAAAUAUUAGAUGCUUUCUCGCUGCAAAUAAAAUAUCCUAACGGUAAA